ACCUGUAGGGGCACUGGCUUUGCUGCGGGUAGUCGUUGCCGCCGGAGGCUCCAGCAGCGGCUGUGAUCGAGGCUGCUGUUCUCUCCGCGGGAGGAGGGAAGGAGCCGGCGCUUGGUGGCACGUUCGCUCGCAGCAGGAAGCAGCUUUGACUCCGUGUCUGUUCAUUCAGCGUCCAGAGGCGUGAACGAGCAGAGCGGAAGCGCCCAUCACCUCCUCCCUCCCGUCUGCAGCGGACGAGAAUGAGAGAGAAUGAGCCAGAGAGACACCCUGGUGCAUCUGUUUGCUGGAGGCCUCUCCCCUCCCUCUGCGGCGCUGGUCAUGUGAACGGCGCCAGCUGGAGCGGGGCGGCGAUGUCUGGUGAUGUUGGGCCCAGCUGUGUGUUCAUAAGUCCAGGUUCCUGGUUUGCCGUGGCUGCAGCCGCGGGAGGACGCGGCAAGAGCAGCAACCCCGGCUGCCGUUGCCUGUGGCCUGGGGGAAACGGGUGUGGGCUCGCUCUCCACGCGGAACGCAGCCGUCUCUGUCGCCGGACAGCUCCAUGUUCAGCAGUAGUUAGGGACCCUGGAUGAGCACAAGCGCCCAUUACCUCCUGUCUGCAGGGGCCAAGCAUGAGAGGAUGAGCCAGAGACACAGCCUGGUGCAUCUGUUUGCUGGAGGAUGUGGGGGUACUGUUGGUGCAGUUCUUACGUGUCCACUAGAAGUUGUGAAAACACGGCUGCAGUCCUCCUCUGUUACUCUCUACAUCUCUGAAGUUCAUCUCAGCACUGUGAAUGGUGCUAGUGUCAAUCGAGUAACUAGAGUAUCUCCUGGACCUCUCCAUUGUUUGAAGAUGAUCUUGCAAAAGGAAGGUCCUCGUUCUCUGUUUAGAGGGCUAGGUCCUAAUUUGGUAGGAGUUGCUCCUUCCAGAGCAAUAUACUUUGCUGCUUACUCAAAUUGCAAGGAAAAGUUGAACAAUAUUUUUGAGCCAGACUCUACCCAGGUACACAUGAUUUCAGCUGGAGUGGCAGGUUUUACUGCAAUCACAGCAACCAAUCCUAUUUGGCUAAUAAAGACGCGAUUACAGCUCGAUGCAAGGAAUCGUGGAGAAAAGCGAAUGAGUGCUUUUGAAUGUGUCCGAAAAGUCUAUCAUUCAGAUGGAAUUAAAGGCUUUUACAGAGGAAUGUCGGCCUCCUACGCAGGCAUAUCUGAAACUGUUAUUCAUUUUGUUAUUUACGAGAGUAUUAAGCGAAAACUACUGGAAUUUAAGACUGCUUCUAGUAUGGACAGUGAGGAUGAAUCUGCAAAAGAAGCUUCAGACUUUGUUGGAAUGAUGAUGGCUGCUGCCACUUCCAAAACCUGUGCCACAUCUAUAGCAUAUCCACAUGAAGUUGUACGGACAAGACUACGUGAAGAGGGAACAAAAUACAGAGCUUUCUUCCAGACACUAUCUUUGCUUGUGCGAGAAGAAGGGUAUGGAUCCCUCUACCGUGGUCUAACUACACAUCUGAUCAGACAGAUUCCAAACACAGCUAUAAUGAUGUCAACCUAUGAAGUGGUAGUCUACUUACUGAAUGGAUAGCAAAGUUACAAGGCUAUCUCUAGGAAGGUGGAAGACCAAAAGAUUGCAGUGGACCACCAAAUAUCAGUGCCAAUGUGGUGGGCAGAAGAAAAUUAUCUAUCAGGAACAGGCAGCUAUGGACGAAAUAGAAGAUUGAUUAUAGGCAACCAUGAGCAAUUUGCUGCCUUAUUGUAUGGUUCUUUUGUGACCAUGUGACAAAGGAGCUGCCCCCAGGGGGAAUGCCUUUAAACACAUCUUACUUCAAAAUUGCUAUUUUCUCGCCAUGUGUUAAUUUACAUGAUGCAAAACCAUGAGCUUCAGUGAUUUGGAGGGAGGGGGUUAUAUAUUGUAUUCUAUUGCAAGGAUAGCCUUGUUCCACUCAUAAUGUUUGGUCUUCAAUACAUUUUGUUUCAAUGUACAAGAACCUCUUAGGGUGAGGAGGAUGAAAGCAUAGAUUCAUAACUUUGUAUGUCUGAAACUUGUAUUCAACUCCAUCUGAAGUCUCAAAUGAUGAGAUUGAGGUAGUAGUCGCAGCAUGUAACUUCCGUGUUACUAUCUCAAGGAAUGUGGCACAGGGACCUAAAAUAGAGUGUAUUUCAAUCCCACCUUUUGUAGCGACAAUACAGUUCAAAGUUGUGUGAGAAGCUCUCGUUGCUUAACUUUGCGGGAUACCAGUCUCUUAGCAGAACUGGUAAUCCAGGCAUUCCCAUACUGAGUCCUCUUGCAUUCAUUAUCAUAGAUCUCUGCUCCCUUUUAGAAUUUAAGGAAGACCAUAAGGUAUACUGUUAAAGCAGAUCAUGGAGUCUCCUCACCUGUUCUGUAAUGUGACCCACACUACUAACACUAGAAUUGCAGAACAGUCUUCAAGGAGUCUUAAUGAAGUGUUAAAUUCUAACAAGUGAACCUGCUGUACAUGAUGCAGGAUAUAUAAUGUUCAGUCAAACAUAGCUUUAUGCAAGCUAGUGACUAGAGUACCAACACUUCUCCUGGAUUAAAGGAGGAGGGCACAUACUUCACCAUCUGUAAAGCUAUAGGAAAGCACAUAGAUAAAUUCCUGUGUAGUAACAAGUUGGGAGUUGCUGUAGGUCAUUUUCAGGGAAAUCCCAGCCACUUGCAGAAUGAUGGAGAAGAUGGUAAUUGAGAAUAUUUUGUUUAAACAUUCCUCUUAAAAGUUGCCGUUUCCCUUGUUUUUCAACCUAAAGCUGGGUGCAGAACUGCAGAUAACCAUAUAACUCUGCCCUUUCAGUUAUGUGAAUAUUCAGGCAUUGAUUUUUAAUUAAUGUUUUGUAAUACUAAUUACAGAAUAAUGCAUUAUCUUUGACAGCAUAUCUUAGCUAGUUCGGUUACUUGUUCUGCCAUAACUUACCAAGUUUUCCAGAUCCAGAGUAUGAGAAAUAAGUUUCAUGCUCUGCGUAGCUUUUCAAACUCACACGUAGACCUUGGAAUACUUCCAAGAUUAAAUCUGCUGCCCUUCGGAUGAGAGAUUCACAGUGAUUUUCAUGGCAGUAGCUUUCUAUCUAUAAAUGCCACUACACUGGUGUAACAAAGCAGUGCAAUUAACUCCUCCAGUGUGGUACUUCCGUAUACAUUAAACUGUGUGUUUGCGUGCAAUGGCUUUAUCUUGCAAAUGACUCCUUAUGCACUUUGUGGCCUCUUUUGGCUUGUGAUUUUUCUCCCGUUUUAAGAUUUUAAAUAGUGGUCAUGUGCAGUUAGAAACAGUGUUCAGCGCGCACAGAUUUUUUUGAAGCUAAGUGUAUGGUUUGAUUUCCAAACACCUGUGCAGAAAAAGAUAUUGUUUGCAGUAGAUCACUAGGAUCGAUGUUCAGAUAGUUUUGGAGACUUUUAUGUAUAAAAGUUUGAUGCAUACUGAACAACCAGUUUGUCUUGUUUUAUUUUCCUUUGAGCAUUGUAGUGUCCAUCAUACUAUGGCAGAAAUCAUUUAAUAUACACUUGCAGGCCUUGGUGUUAGUAAUACUCCGUGAUAACUGCCUCCCCUUUUAAGGGCCACCAUAGAGCACAGAGCACCACUGCUAUGCCCGUUCAAUAGGGGCUUGGCUUCAUUGAUAUGCUUUCUGUAGAAACUGAGUAUUCUUACCUGUUUUUUAAUACUAGAAGUGUUCUCAGUAUAGCCUGUGUUGCACAUAUUUAGGCUAACCAUGGCAAUCUUUGUAUUCUUAUUAGUACAAGGAAAUUAUUUAAAAAGAAAAAACGAAACAAAACCUCAGUUAAGAGGUUUUCCCAGUGACCUCUCUAUGGGAAAUCUGCUAAUGUAUUACUCACAACUAGCCUUCCUGCUUCCAAACAUUAGUGGCCAUACUCCUCAGAUCUUGCUGCUGACGCCCAGCAUUUAACUAACAGCAAAAGUUUAAGCGCAGUAACCUGAAAGCCAAAAGUGGUUGUAAAGUAAAAACUAUGUUACAAUAGCUAAUUAUGGGGAAUGAGUUGCAUUAAAAACAUAUUUCUCUUCAGGAGAUAUCCAGGCAAUUCAGCUAUAGCUGAAUUUUAGAUUUAGCAAGUGCACAGGCCCAAAUUCAUCCCUGGAGUUAAUGGAUAUAAUUCCCACAGUUUCAUUGGGAAUUGUACCUGCGUAUUCCAGGGAUAAAUUUGGCCAACUAGAUCCGGUCUGCUUUCAGUGCACAUGCAUCUGUUACCCUACGAGGUUGUGCGUGCGUGCAUGCCUCGCAGGGAGAAGCAGUGAAUCUUGCUUCCAAAGGCGAGAUAUCUCAGUGGAAAGUUCUAUCUUUUUGUGCUUUACACUCCUUGUUGUCGGCUGAAGAGAGACAAUCAACCUCUUGUUCCAAUUCUUCAUGGAGUUUUAAUCCUUCAAAGACAAAACCUUUUAAAUUUCUUCAGGGGUGAACUUUUACUGUAACAAAGAAACAAACCAAAUUGUAUGUGUGGUUUUGUUUAUAAAGCUACCACAAUGUACAAAGAUACCUCUGAAUUAUUUCCCAAAGAUAUGGAAAUUCUUUACAUAGUUUUCUUGGUAUCUAUUUUGAAAACAUACAGAGACAAACAGAUGCAACAUUCAAUUAUACCAUUUAUUAAGAAGUUGAAAAAGGAGUGUACUUUGAUGUUGUUUUGGGUCGUCAUCUCUUGCUUGGUUCUUUUAAUGUAGUUUACAUUAAAUUAUACCACCAUGAUUUUCUGUCUAACAAAGGUUAAAUCUCAGUUUUCUGGAA